AUAUAUAUAUAUGAAGCAAGUAGUACUACUUGUAUAGUAAUUAAUAAUAACUUCCUCUCUCACUCUCACUUCUUAUAUAUAUAUAUAUAUAGCUUUAUAUACCUUUGUCUUUCCCCAAAUCAAAUAAUUGAAAAGAGAAAUAUUAUGAGUCCAGCACCAAAUUCUUCAUCAUCAUCAACAUCAAGAUGGUGUCCAACACCAGAACAACUUAUGAUACUUGAAGAAAUGUACAGAGCUGGGACAAGAACACCUAAUGCCUCUCAAAUCCAACAAAUCACAGCUCAUCUCUCCUUUUAUGGAAAAAUAGAAGGCAAAAAUGUCUUCUAUUGGUUUCAAAAUCACAAGGCUAGAGAUAGACAAAAGCUUAGGAGAAAGCUUUAUAAACAACUUCAACAACAACAACACCAACUAGCUGCUGCUGCUGCUGCUGUUUAUCAUAAUCAUAAUAAUACUCACCACCACCAACUCAUCACUACUACUCCUCCUAAUCAUCACUUUUCAUCUGUACCAACAACUUCAUCUUCUGCUUCUAGUGCUUUUCUUCAUCAACCACUUUCCUUUAUCUCCCCCCAGGGAGGGAUUGAUGAUGAUCAUCUGAACCACUACUCAUCAUCAUCAUGGAAUAAUAAAGUAGUGGAAAUUCCUACUAAUAAUCAUCAGAGGAAUAAUAAUAUUAUUCAUGAUGACAUAAAUAAUAAUAAUAAUAAUGAUGAGAGUGGUAAUUCGAUGAUGAUGAUGAGAAUGUACGAUCGUGAUUGGAUGAGGAUAAUGGAUGAUGAUGAUGAUGAUGAUGAUGAUGUUGAUUGUUGCAACAGAAAGCCUCUCAAGACACUUGAACUCUUCCCCAUCACCUCUACUCCUAAUAAUAAUAAUAAUCUCAAAGAAAUUAAGCGUACGGACUACUCACCACUACUUUCUCACCCAAAAAUAAAAGAAAAUCAUUCAGUACUCAAAAUAUGAAUGCCUUUUUCUUUCUUUGAUUCUCUGAUCUCUAGCUAGCUAGACCUAUAUAUAGCUAGCUAGGAUGAAUUAUAUAAGGUUUUAAAUGUGUCUGUGAGCUGUUUAUUUUCUUGGGUUUCUGCUCUUAUUAUUGUUUGUCUUUAGGUUGAGAAAGAUCUCAAUUGUCUAACGAGUAAUAGGUUACUGUUCUUACUGUCC